GUUGUCGUCGGUUGCGUUCACUGCCAAAGCGAAGCGCUGCAGUUCAAAAGUAAAAACGCGCCGCUGGCAAGCAAGUAGUUACCUGCUGCAUUAUUAAAAUUUCUAUUAAAUCUGAUUAAAAGCCAUAUAAAAAGAAUAAAGAGUAUUAAAUUGUGAUACGUUUAAAUUAUAAAGAACAAAAAAAAUGUUGCACAUAACGAGCAACAACAAAGGCUAAUCAGUAUUUUGCUCCAAUUAUUAUUGAUUGUUAUUGUUAACCGACCCGUCGCUGCCGCUGGCUGCUCUUAUCAAUCCGCUUUUGUGUGCAAUUGUCGUGGAAUUUUGCGACACUCGCGCUGCCUCCGUCGCCGCCGCCUCAUUCCGUGCUUCCGCUGCCGGUUCAUUCACUCAUCUUUUGUGUGCAAAUUCUCGUUUUCAUUGUCGAGCGUGUUGUGAGUGUGAAAUACAUGUGUGUGUGUGUGUAUUUGUUUACAAGCAGAUUCACUUAAAUUAGCUGAAUCAAACAAAAGUGUCAACAUUUGUUGCUGUAAAUGCUGCAGUGUAAUUAAUAUCUAGUAGAAGUAAUCAAAACAGAACUUAAUAAAAAAGACAUACAAAAGUACAACAACAAAAAAAGUGCACCAAAUAAUCCGGUUUGACUUAGAAUCGUAACAAGAAUGGCUGCUAAUGCUGACAGCGCCAUCUGCAUGUCGAGCUUGACACUUCGACCGGAGCAUAGUUUGUACUCACGUUUGCAUGAGCUUAAAGAUUUUUACUGCAGUCAGUUUGGACAUGAACCGGAAUUUUUCGUGCGUGUGCCAGGACGCGUUAACAUAAUCGGCGAACAUGUGGACUAUUGCGGUUACCCAGUUCUGCCGAUGGCCAUCGACCAAUGCAUACUGUUGGCUGUCGGACGUAAUGAGGAAAACUCCUUUCUGCAGCUACGAAAUGUCGAAACAAAGCGAUAUGAGAACUUUAAGUGUGAUAUGAGUGCGCUCAGAAUUGAUUUGCCACAGAACAGCGGACCACAAUGGUACAAUUACUAUCUGUGCGGUAUUAAAGGUAUCUUUGAGCAAAUUCAACAGUCAAAUAAUAAACCAUUGACACCAAUCGGUAUGACUGUGGCGCUGAGCGGCAAUAUACCACCAGCAUCCGGUUUGAGCAGCUCCAGCGCAUUGGUUAGCGCCGCUGUACUGGCCACGGCAUACGUACACCAGUCGUCGCCUUUGGAUCGCAAACAAUUGGCCUCCAUAUCGGCGCGUUGUGAACGCUACAUUGGCACACAGGGCGGCGGUAUGGAUCAGGCUAUCGCCUAUCUGGCCAAGGCCGGCUGUGCACAAUUCAUUGAAUUCCAUCCGGAACUGAAAGCAACACCCAUACAAUUGCCGGCUGGUGUGUGCUUCAUAGUGGCCAAUAGCUUGGCGGCAAAGAAUAAGGCUGCCUCGUCGGAUUUCAAUGAACGCGUAGUGGAAUGCCGCUUGGCUGCGCGCAUUAUUGCCAGGCAUAUGGAGUUCAGUAACUGGCGUGGCAUGAUUCGCUUUGUACAGCUGCAAGAGGCACUGCAGUGUACGCUCACCGAACUGGAAGAACUAGUGCUAAAAUGGCUGCCAAAGGAUAUUUACACGCGCGUAGAGUUAUGUGCGCGCGAUUUGGAUGUGAGCGAUGAGGAAUUCGAAAGGGAAUUUCUCACAGUCAAUACGCGGCACAUGACGCAAUUUAAGUUACGGCAGCGAGCGCUCCACGUAAUACAAGAAUCAUUGCGCGUGGCGAAAUUCCGCGAAAUAUGCGAGCAAACCAGCUUGGGUAGUCCAACCACCAAAAAUCAGCUGCAAAGUAAUGGCGUGAAUGGCAAGUCGAAUGGUAGCGGUGUCAAUGCAACAAAUGGCGCUGUUCGUGACACAACAAUAGAUUCGGCGAAACAAUUCGCGCUGCUGUCACAAUUGAUGCGUCAAUCACACGAAAGCCUUAAGAAAUUGUACGAGUGUACGCACGUUGAUCUGGAGCGACUGAUUGCCUUAUCUGAUGACGCGGGGGUGGGCGCACGGCUCACCGGUGCCGGUUGGGGCGGCUGCAUUGUUGCUUGCUGUGACUCUAUGGAAUCGUCAACCAAAUAUAUAAAAAUGCUCAAAGAGAAUUAUUUCAAGCUUUUACCGUCACAUUUGAUUGAACGUUAUGGCAUAAACGAUUUUGAUGAUGUAGUUUUUGCGACGUUUCCCGGAAAUGGCGCUGAAUUAUUUGAAUUGAACUGUUAAAUCUCGAUUACAACAGUUGUUGUGGAAGAUAAUUACUUGCCAAAUCCUUGAAGAAAGGCACAAAUACUAAUUUUAAGUACAUAUUUCAAACAUUUAAACAGUAGAAUUUAUUUAUUUAAUUAAAUACUGUA